CCGCCCGCUGCCGCCUUCCUGUUGCUGCUGCACACUGGCAUUAGAGAGAGAGAGAAAGAGAGAGUACCCUGACGCCCCGUGGAUCUUGGUGGAGUGGGCAGCACUCUGAAGAAGAUGGAAAGCUUAAAGGAGCAGAUUGCGGGGUGGCCCCAGUUCUCUUAUGUCCAGGCGCUUGCCGGCUGGUUCGUGAUAUGGGCUGCGCUGGUCAGCCUUCCACCGGGGCACACGGAGCAAAAGAAUGUCAUCAGGACGAACAUGGUGCACGGCGCAGUAGCGACGAGCUUGGCGGUGGUGACUAUCCUGACGGGGUGCGACAGCACCUUUUCUACGGCGGCAAGCGUGGCCUUCUUCGCCGUCGAUGCCUUGGUCAUGAUCUCCAACGGACGGAGACAGAAGCGCCUUGGGGAGAAGCUAGACUCUCCGGCGCGAGCGAUGGACUACGCCCAUCAUCUGAUCGGUGCGGUGUACGGAACCUUUCUUCUUUUCGGGCAAGAGGUGGUGUGCCAGCCAUCAUGCCCGGCACCGAACCUCUACACCUACGCCCAGACCAACGAGUUCAGCACCCUCUUCUACGGCUUGUAUCGCCUCACCAGGCACCCCAUUGCUGGAGGUCUCUUCGCGCUAGCCUUUUUUGGAAGCCGGAUCGUGUUCAACUUCAUGUACCUCGUACCGUACUCGUGGAGCCAUUGCACCUUUAGUGGCUUCAUGGCCAUCGCCGCACCCUACCAGCUCCUACAGGUGGCCUGGAUGUUCUUGAUCGUGAAAAAGGUGGCGGCUAGCCUGACCUGCGGUAGAAAGCCAAAAGCGGCCAAGGUCGCCUAGCGAAAUGAUUUAUCCUUCAAACUACAGUAUGCGUAUGGAAUAACACCAUGUUGAACUACAGUAUGCAUAUGGGAUAUCACUAUGUUGACGGAUCGAGUGUAGCCGAACCCAAAUCGAGCGAAAUUUCAUCGUUGUGGCUUGCCGGGCCUUCAGUCUUGACUGCCGUGUACCGACAGGGUAUGUUGUGAUUCAAGUGGGAAUCGUUGAUGCGUGUCAGAAAGGAGGGAGACGCGGAGGGGG